AUGAAAUUCGCCCAUGAACUCAAGCAGUCGCUGGCUAGUCAAGGCUUCCCGCCUCACUGGGUUGCCCAUGCGAUCCCAUAUGGCCAGCUAAAGAAAUGUCUCAAGAAAGUCCAACGAGAGCUUCAAGAGCUGGGACUUGACGCCGAAACCUUGCGCGAACUUCUUCAUGCCAACACGGAUUCUCCAGUCGCCUUGAAUUACAGUCUCAACCCAUCUUCAAGCUCUAAACUUGUGCGACCAAAAUUAACGGUACAAAUCCAUUUGCAUGAGGGCAACAUUAUCGAUGCGUCGCUUGCGCCAACCACGCGCCAUUUCUUCGAGAAAAUCACCUCCAGGCGUGCUGUCGACUCCUCUGAAAGCGAUGAGGAAACUAAACCAGCCAAUACCUCACACACCGAGACGAGCGACGAAGCGGCGCGUGCAACACCGCAACCUCUCGCAGACGGAAGCCACACAGGCCAUGAAAGUUACGAUGUCAUAGAGGUGCCCCUGAGAUCUGAUGGUGUCUUUUUUGACAUUCUCCAGAGCGAUCUAGGCGGCUUGGAUGCUCUGCAGGCCACAGAGAAAGAUCAGCUGAAACAAGAGGUUAAAGAGAUAGGGAAACAAGUUUCGCAAGUGUCCCGGCCGACGCGGUUUUCUAAGAGCGACCUCGACCGCUGGAGGCACAUAUUCGAGCUGUAUUUGGAUGCGGAAGUGUUCUUCGCGACGCAUGAGCAAGAACACGGAGCUCGCUCCAGCCAGAAAGCUCUCCAGCAGCUGCAGUGGUUUCAGAACCAGGUCCACAAACAACAGCUUGUCAAGUCAUUCAAGUUGGCGGAAAGUCGAAAUGCCUUUUCGAAAUUUCUUGAGCUGAAUGCUACUCUCUUGAAACAUCUACAAUUUCAGGAACUAAACAUGUUGGCAAUCUCAAAAAUAUUGAAGAAAUUUGAUAAACGCACUGCGUUGGGCGUUUCGCGUGCCUUCCCGAGCGUAGUCAACCCGCGAAAGCUAUUGUCGGGCGAUAUUGCCAAGGAAGUGUGCGCCCGGAUUUCCAACGAGUUGGUUUCCAUUAUACCCCAAAUUAAUGACUAUCUUUGCCCAAUAUGCUAUUCGAUUGCAUAUCAACCAGUGCGUCUGGGCUGUCAACACGUUUUCUGCAUUCGUUGCAUUAUCAAGAUCCAGCGACGCAAGGAGGAGUGCUGUCCCUUGUGCCGAGCUCAUGUAGUCAUGGAUGCUUCCGCUGAUAAUAUCGAUGCUGAAUUAGAGAAAUUUAUGAGAAAAUACUUCCUUCCAGAAGUAAAGGAGAAGCAACGAGCUAAUGACUUAGAACGGGGGGUAGAGGAGUUUGGAGAAGGUUAUACACGGUCUGAAUGUGCUAUCAUGUGA